AAGAAGUACAAGAGAUUAAUAAUGAUAUAGAAGAAAUGCAAGAGAUUAAUAGUAAUGUAGAAGAAGCACAAGAGAUUAACAACAAUUUAAAAGAAAUACAAGAAAUAAAUAGUAAUAUAGAUGAAAUUAAUAGUGAUAUAGAAGCAAUACAAGAAAUUAACAGUAAUGUAGAAGAAGUACAAGAAAUUAAUAGUAAUAUAGAAGAA